UCAUCUCCACAGUUGUCCCUCGCGUGGAUGUGGAUGUCUGGACUACAGUGGGUAAUCGUGGAAUUCGUGGGUAAUCAUCUCCAUUCUUCUCAACGGUUGUCCCUCGCGUGGAUGUGGAUGUCUGGACUUCAGUGGGUAAUCAUCUCCAUAGUUGUCCCUCGCUGGCCAGGAUGUCUUGAAAUUUUCUCAUCAAAUCCCUCGUAAUUUGAGCGGAAAAUGACUGAGUGGAGCCGGACUCGGGUGCCCACUUCCUUCCGGGAAAAGAUAAAAAAAAUCAUAUAAGCCAAAAAAAAUUAAAAUAAAAAGGAAUUAUUUUAUUCAAAUCCUAGAUUCUCCCAUUGACUGAAGUCAAGUAGGCUUACUUGGGGCUGCCUAGUACGUGCCUGCCCGUAUUAUAAAACAAUCACAGCACGGGCCGGAAUGUGAAGUGGAGGGUAAACCAGCUCACCGCUGGAUUGCAUUUAAUGUAAUGCCAACUGUAAAGACCAACCAAAAUAUAUAACAAGUAGGAGAUUCAGUAGAAACGAUCCCAUGACUAGGUUGUUGUUUGCCUUCAAUGAAACUCCAAACUUUUCAGAGUUCAGCGGUUUAGCAUUGAUGACACCUUAGCUUUUUAUUUCGCUUUUUUCGGGUUCUAUUGGAUUCCUAGUUGACUUCGACUGUACUAAUAAAGCAAUUUGAUAGAUAGAUGUUUGUUAGGAUUCCAACUCCUUAACAUCCUCUCCUUUGAAUCUCCCUCUCGGAUUCUAACUCCUUAACAUCAUUGCCUCUGAAUCUCUCUCUCUCUCUCUCUCUCUCUCUCUCUAUAUAUAUAUAUAUAUAUAACUCAGUUAUUACUGUUGAGUAGUAUCUGGGAGGAGCAUCAGUUUUGCAAUAGAGCAAUGGGUGAAGUAUUUCAAGUUCAGAAGGAGGUGGAUUCCUUGGAGGUUAAUGAUGAGUGUCCGAUAAAACAAGUCGAUGUAACAGUGUCCAAAACUGAUGAUCCCACCAUGCCAGUGCUGACAUUCAGGAUGUGGGUUCUGGGUCUUACUUCAUGUGUCAUAUUGUCUUUUGUGAACCAGUUCUUUUGGUAUAGGAGACAGCCAUUGUCGGUCAGUUCAAUAUCUGCGCAGAUUGCUGUGGUGCCCAUUGGGCACUUUAUGGCCAGGGCGUUGCCCAAGCGUCCCUUCUUCAAGGGCACAUGGUUUGAGUUCACUAUGAAUCCGGGGCCCUUUAAUAUCAAGGAACACGUUUUGAUCACUAUUUUUGCGAAUUCGGGUGCUGGAUCCGUUUAUGCUGCUCAUGUUUUGUCCGCAGUUAAAUUGUAUUAUAAGAGGGCCCUCACUUUUCUUCCAGCCUUGAUUGUUAUGCUUACAACUCAGGUGUUAGGGUUUGGUUGGGCUGGACUUUUUCGAAAAUAUCUGGUUGAGCCAGGGGAAAUGUGGUGGCCUUCUAACCUGGUUCAGGUCGCAUUGUUCGGGGCUCUACAUGAGAAGGAAAAAAGACUUAAAGGCGGCACUACACGUACUCAGUUCUUCCUCCUGGUCUUGAUCAGUAGCUUUGCUUACUAUGUUUUACCUGGCUAUCUUUUCUUAAUGAUAACAAGUGUCUCUUGGGUCUGCUGGAUCUCUCCCAAGUCUGUUUUUGUCCAACAAAUGGGUUCUGGCUUACAAGGCCUUGGAAUUGGUUCCUUUGGGAUUGAUUGGGCUACAAUUUCCUCUUACCUUGGGAGUCCACUGGCUAGUCCAUGGUUCGCCACUGCCAACACUGCUGUUGGAUUCGUCCUUGUAAUGUAUGUGAUGACACCCCUCGCUUACUGGUACAACACCUACGGUGCCAAGACUUUCCCAAUAUACUCUAACAGCCUUUUCACAUCAAAUGGUUCGGAGUACGACAUUUUGAGCAUCAUCAACUCCAAAUUUCAUCUUGAUCGUACUACUUAUGCACAGAUGGGGCCUGUACAUCUCAGCACAUUCUUUGCUAUGACUUAUGGUGUUGGAUUUGCUACACUUACUGCUACACUUAUGCAUGUUCUGCUUUUCAGUGGAAGUGACAUAUGGAAGCAAACCAGAAGUGCCUUUAGUGGGAGUGGAAAACAAGAUAUACAUACCAAGCUUAUGAGGGUGUACAAAUCCGUUCCCAUGUGGUGGUUUCUUGUCAUCCUUGUGGCAAACAUUGCUCUUAUAAUGUUUGCCUGUGAGUAUUACAACGAGUCACUUCAACUGCCUUGGUGGGGUGUGCUGCUAGCUUGUGCCAUUGCCAUUUUCUUCACUCUCCCAAUUGGUAUCAUUACUGCCACCACAAACCAGAUGCCAGGUUUGAACAUUAUAACAGAAUACAUUAUUGGAUACAUGUACCCGGAGCGCCCCGUUGCUAACAUGUGCUUCAAAGUGUAUGGAUACAUCAGCAUGACCCAAGCUUUAACCUUUCUGUCAGACUUUAAGCUUGGCCACUACAUGAAGAUUCCACCAAGGUCAAUGUUCAUGGCACAGGUUGUUGGGACUAUCGUUUCAGUAAUUGUAUACACGGGAACUGCAUGGUGGCUGAUGGAAACCAUCCCACACCUUUGUGAUACCUCCCUGCUACCAGAGGGCAGCCCCUGGACUUGCCCGAUGGACCGUGUCUUCUUCGAUGCAUCCGUCAUCUGGGGACUUGUCGGACCCCGUAGAAUCUUUGGCAACCUUGGCGAAUACGGGAAUGUCAAUUGGUUCUUUCUUGGUGGAGCAAUUGCCCCUCUCCUAGUCUGGCUUGCACACAAGGCAUUCCCUAACCAAAAUUGGAUUCGCAUGAUUCACAUGCCUGUUUUGUUGGGUGCUACAUCAAUGAUGCCCCCAGCUAGUGCCGUAAACUACACUAGUUGGAUCAUUGUAGGGUUCCUCUCCGGAUUUGUGUUCUUUAGGUACCGGCCAGAAUGGUGGAAGCGCUACAAUUAUGUCCUUUCUGGUGGUCUUGAUGCUGGAACUGCUUUCAUGACGUUGUUGCUGUUUGUUUCCAUGGGAUCCACCGAAAUUAACUGGUGGGGAAACAAUAUUGAUGGGUGCCCCUUAGCUUCUUGCCCAACUGCAGAAGGGGUUAUGGCUAAAGGCUGCCCAGUCGUCUCUUAAAGUUAAAACUAUAAUCUUUUACCUAUAUUUUUCAGGUUUUAUGGAACCACUCUCUUUAUGCUUGUAAAUAUAUUUCAAUAAUUCUUUUGGUAUUUGUUUUGGGUUUA